CUGACUUGCUGAGCUGAGAGUGAGCUGAGUAACUUUUUGAAAACGAAGAUUUCAUGUUGUGAAUUUAUUAUAAGCUCGUCUCCUUUUAUGAUAAAAAUUGUUCAAGUAGUUUACUUUGCUUGACUCUCCUAUCAAAUUCAGGAUUCAUCGUUUCAUUGUUUUAGUUGUUAGAAAUUCUUUAGGCGUUUUGGCUAGCGUUUAGUGAAAUCACUAAAUCAGAAAGCAUGGUCAAUCAAUGUCGGCAGCACUGAUAUUUCUCGUUUUCUCUGUAUUUUAAGUAACUAUGAAAUUCUAGGAUAGUUCAAUUAAAAAAGGAUUGAAGUCUUUCGAAUUAUCAAGAGAAUUCGAAAAGUGAAGUAGCCAGCAAAGUUAUUCUAACUUCAUAGCGAUGAAAACCAUCUAGAAUCAUUACUUAAAAGCCAUGGCAAAACGAAACAAACAUAAAAAGGCUUUAGCUGCUUCUACAAAGAAAGAAAACCAUCAGACAAUCCAUCAUGAAAAUGUACUAGGCCCAGUGACGGAAGCUCAAGUUGGUAUACAAGAAUACGCCAAAAAAGGAAAACAGUUUUCAGCUCAUUUGAAGCAAUGUAAUUCAGAUUUCCAGGUUCAUGAAAUUAGCAUGGAUGGGAAGAUUGUCCAUUUAACAGAUCUCAGUCAGCUGAACCCUGAACAGAAAAAAGAAAGAUUUUCAGUGAGAAGAAAGUCCCAAGAUAAUGCAGUGCCACAUGUAUCUUCAUACACUGAAUUUGUAUUGUACAUGGAAAAUCAAGAAACAGUUGAUGCAAAUUUUGUACUUGCCAAAAUCGCCAAGAAAAAUAAGAUACAUUCACCGGAAUUCAUGACUGCCUGUUCAACACAUGAAAAAGGAACAAUCACUAGUCAGCUCGUAACUGCUAAUAAGAAUUUAGAUCCAACGAAAAUGAAAUGCGAUUUGAAAUCCAAGUCCAAGUCCAAGUUAGCUUUCGGAAAUUUUACCUUUACCGACAAACCAGUCCAACAAGGAAGUCUGAAGGGUAAUCGUUUCGUCAUUGCAUUGAGGAAUGUUAACGGUGAUAAGAUUCAAAUCGAUUCGAAUCUCAAGUCACUGAAAGAAUACGGUUUUAUAAAUUAUUAUGGAACUGAAUGUUUUGGAACAAGGACUCACUUAAUUGGAAAACAACUAUUAUUAAACCAGUGGAAAGAAGCUAUCGAUUUGAUUGCAGAGGUAUUCAAGGGGCAUGAGCACUUGCACUCAAUGGAAACCCAGCUCUUAUCUUACAUGAAGAAUCAUGGUGGAGAUCUCGUUGGCGCUUUGAAUACUAUCCCCUUUGAAAUGCGGCUUUCUUAUAUUCAUGCCUAUCAAAGUUUCAUCUGGAACAGUAUCGUUUCUAAGCGUAUUGCAGAAUUUGGUGUAAAGCCGAUUCUAGGCGAUUUAGUUUAUGCUCGAAGCGUUGACGAACUUCAAGAAAUGGGCAAUGAUGAAAGCAAUUCCAGUAACCAAUCGGAAUGCAGUAAUCCAACAAUCGUGUCCAUCGACAGAAACAACAUCCCGAACUACACAAUAGCCGAUGUUGUGUUACCGCUUCCGGGUUACGAUGUAACUUAUCCUAACAACGAGGUUGCCGAUUGGUAUAAAGAUCUUCUACUAGCGGAUGGGCUGUCGGAGGUGGAUUUCGAAAGAAGCGCCAAAAAUCAUAGCCUUUCUGGAGCGUACCGUCACCUGAUUUUGAAGCCUUCCGAUUUCAACUGGAGAUUUUUAUGGUACACUAAUCCAACGGAGAGGCUUAUAUUAUCUGAUUUGGAUCGACUGGAAAAGACUCAGUUCCUACACACGGCAGUGACAGAGGUGCAAACGGACCAGGAAAAGAGGAUUACUAGGAGUGGUCAACUAAAACUAAAGAAUUCCCCAAUGCCAAAAACCUUGGAGUCACCAGAGCCAGUUAAGAAGAAACCCGUUCUUUCUCCUUCAGGUGAUUCGGAAGACGAUAGCGACGCCAAACCAAUGUCGUACGACGAAAAAAAACAAUUGAGUUCUAACAUCAGAUUGCUUCCAGGUAAAAAGCUUGGACGAGUAGUCCAUAUUUUGCGUUCACUUGAGCCAAAGUUAGCUGGUUGGGAUCCUGAUGAAGUUGUACUAGAUUUUGAAGCUCUUCAACCGCUGACUCUCCGAUCACUUGAAACAUACGUGGAAUCUUGUCUAAGCCCGAAGCCUCUUAAAACAUACGGAAAAAACCAAUCGGAUAUAAAGAUGGAAGAGACAUUGGAGCUAAAGGAAAAUUUUACACCCAAGAAGGUUCAUCGCAAAGUUGCAGAAAAUGUCAAAGACGCUGAAUGCCUUGUUAGUCAAGUUGGUUCCGGCAUUGGAUUGAGUUCUAAUGCUUCAGCUCUCACGGAUUUGGAAACGGGUGAUGAUAUUAAUUAUCUCGGUCUUAUUCUCGAAUUCAACCUACCGCCGUCAUCUUACGCCUCCAUGGUCGUUAGAGAAAUCAUGAAGGUAGACAACAGUGCAGUGUUGGGGAAACAAAACGAUCCCAUCCAACAUUCUUCACAAGCAACGUUGAAGUCCUCAGACUCGGAGGGAUCCCGGAAGAAAAAGCCUAGAAUUCACGAAACUGUCGACGCCAGCGAGAUCACAUCAUCAAGCGAAGCAUCGAUGACAACCCGGGGAAAGCGAUUGAUGAAGCUGUGCGAUUUAAGUUGAACACAACAACUUAAUGAUUAUGUUCAGCAAAGAUCAAGUAAGCAAUUUAAAUGCCUAUAGUUAACCAAGAAUAGAAAUAGCCAAUCAUUUCGCGUGAAAUUUUACAAAAAACGGUGAAGUUUCCACAUUCCUCGUUUUUUUGUGCAAUGUGCAAACUGUUAAAUGCUGACUCGUUGUGCAUCUCGUUGUUGUUGAAGUCCUUUCCCGUCUUAUUUUACCUAUGGUCAUUUUGCGGAUCGAUGAUGAUUGUUUGAGUCCGCAUUUAUGCCAACCAUUUUCUUUGUGUGUUAAAGUAUUUUCGCAUGUGCUCGGUUGAGAAUCCAGCACGGUUAUCCAGAGAUAUCAUUUGCUAUGUUCGAUUAGACAGUUUACUCCAGUUCACUUCAAGUUGCCUUUUAAAGUCAAAUGCGUUGUUCAAUUAUCGUAUCAGUGCAUCGUGUUGACGAAGAUUUCUUUCAAAUAAAGAAGAUUAACUGAGAA